AUGUCUCAUAAUCAUGUUAAUCUAAAUGCUUUUCUAGUUCAUCCCAAAAGUCGCACCCAACAAGAUAUCAACGAAAUCAUGGAAUCCACACAAGAAAUCGAAUUUUUUAAAAAAAUAACAAACGAAAAAAGUUCAAAUCAAAUUCACAUGGCUUGUUGCCAAGUCAUGACUGUUGAAGAAUUCUCACGCGGAUCAAGGGUAAUCUCAUAUGGUGAGAUGGGCGAUAAAUUUUAUAUUGUUUUACGAGGAAGCCUCACAGUAGCUGUACCAUUAAAAGUUUAUAAACCGAUAAGCGAAGUCAUCGAAAUAUUAAAAAGUCCAGAAUCGAUCGCAGCUGCAAAAAUUGAUAAUAAAGAGGCCACAAAGUUGCGAGAAUUCCUAGGGGAGAGAGAAAAAGCACUGAGGAAUGAGCCAGAGUCGAGAAUUGAUGAAAACGAAAUGAUACAAGUUGAAGAACUUAAAGAAGUAGGUGGUAUAAAUCCUGGCCAAGCUUUUGGAGAAUUAAGCUUAAUCAGUGAUAAGCCAAGAGCAGCUACGAUAACUGCAAAAGAACAUUGCAUUUUAGCUGUAUUAUGUAAACAAGAUUUCAAGAAAGUGUUAGGGAGUAUAGCAGAUAGAACAUUAAAUGAGAGAGUGGCUUAUCUGCAGUCAUUACCAUUAUUUUCAGCAUGGACGAAACAAUCAUUGCAAAAAAUUUCUUACUAUUUUAUUGAGUUAUCGGUAGGUAAAGCUCAAUAUGUCUAUAAAGAAGGAAAUAACGCUGAUUAUGUGUAUUUUGUAAGAUCAGGAGAAUUCAAGCUAAUAAAGAAUCAGCAAAACGAAAGCCCAGGGUAUGCUGAAAGAAAAGUAAAAUCAGGAUCGCAAUUCCUAUCAAGUACACUAGAAAGUGCAACAUUAAAGCUAAGUUUGAUGAAAAAAGUCCAUAAAAAUAUAAAAUUGCAAAUCGCAAUUAAAGGAGAAAACGAAGUGUUCUGGGUUGCAGGUCAAAUGAUCGUGUAUUUUUAAAAGACAAAAAUUUGGUCGAAAACAUUUAAUUUUAAAUUUUUUGGCUUUUUCAGUAAAUGUCUCGCUAUCAAAAAUGAUCUAAACAAUUUCCCUAAGAAAUGUCGCACUAUCAAAAUGAAAGGCCAUUUGGGAUGGAGCCGUGUUCGGAUACGAAGAAAUAAUCGAAAAUGUAAAUUUAAGGAUGAAUUCCUGCAUUUGCAAUUCAAUUAAAGGAGAGCUUUAUGCGAUGUCGAGAACUGAUUUUAAGCAGAGAGUUUCGAACCAAGAAACAUUAAAGUAUUUAAAAGAAAAAUAUAAAUUUGACCAAAAGAGAAAUAAUGAAAGAAUAGAACAACUAAAAAAUGUUGAGGAAAUUAAACAAGAACUAACCCAUGGAAAUUCACUAGCUAUUACAGAAAGACAUUUAGAAGAAAAAUUGAAGAGGAAGUAUUAUCCAAUGCUAAAUAAGCUUAAAACCUUGAGGGAAAGAGUACACCUUACACCUAGUAUUAACACUGAAAGAUUGAGCUUUACAGUCCCUUGAACGUAUCCGAAAAAUCCACCACCACCAGAGACAUGUCCAAGCCCUUAUAGAGGGCAAAGUAUGGAAAUAAAAUCGCCUAGAGUCACUGAAGAGUCAAAAUCAAUACCGAGAUCAAGAAGCAUCCAAAAGGAAAGAAAAGAAAAGACGAAAAAUAGAGAAGCAAGAUUAAAACGAUAUCCUCCUCCUAAUUUUAUGCAUAGGUUCGUUGGCAACUCUAGGGUGCUGAGAAAUGACUUCUUUAUGGGUGGAAAAAAUUCCUUUGAUAACUCGAUGUCUUAA